AUGUCUUAUAAAUAUCGCUUACUUCCUACCACCAGCAUCCUUUCUGCCGAACUUUUUGCUAUUAAGGAAUCACUAAGAAUAAUCUCCAACCUACCUCCUUCCAAAUGGGUGAUAUAUUCAGAUUCACUAAAUGCAUUACAAUGCCUAAACGAAUUAUCACUAAAACAUCCUCUAGCCGUUAAAUCGCUCGAUUUGCAUCACUCUUCAAUAUCUAAUGGUUCAACUGUGGAUCUAGUAUGGAUUCCUAGCCAUGUGGGUAUAAGAGGUAAUGAAGAUGCUGAUAAGAUUGCUAAGACUGCGCUGGGUCACUGUUCAGAAGUGGGGAAGUCAUUUGGAAUCGACUCAGGUUGGGUCAGUGUGCCACCUCCUAAUAGUGUGCCACCUCCUAAUAGAAUAUCCCUCCUUCAAUAA